AUGGGUUGGAUGGUUCCUAUUUCAAUACUGUUCCUAUCUACACUUAUCAUUAUGCUCCUUUUGAGAAUGGGCAACCCCUGGAAGAAGAGCUCCAAAGAUUUUCCACCAGGACCCAAGCCUUUGCCUGUUGUUGGAAACCUCCACAUCAUGGAUCUGAAGAAACCUUACCAGACAAUGUUAGAGCUAUCCAAACAGUAUGGACCUGUGUUCAAAAUCCAACUGGGAGUCCAGAAAAUAGUGGUGCUAACAGGAUAUGAGACCAUAAAGGAAGCUCUGAUGAAUAACGCUGAUGUGUUUGCUGAGAGGCCCCGCGUCCCCAUAUUUGAGGAGUUUUCAAGGGGUUUUGGAGUAGCUUUUUCCCAUGGUGAGAAUUGGAGAGUGAUGAGGCGAUUUAUGUUAACCACAUUACGGGACUAUGGGAUGGGUAAGAGGUCUAUGGAAAGCAGAAUAGCUGAAGAGUGCAGUUUCCUGAUAAAGAAGUUUGAAUCAUAUAAAGGAAAACCAUUUGAAUUCAGAGGAAUAAUGACUUCAGCUGUUGCGAAUAUCAUAGUAUCCAUUUUACUUGGGAAGCGAUAUGACUAUGAAGAUCCAAGAUUUAUUAAAUUAUUGAGCUUGGUAACAGAAAAUGCCAGGCUUUUGGGAACCCCCUCAGUGCAGUUGUAUAACAUGUUUCCCAUGCUUGGCUUCCUUUUUGGCGCUCAUAAGAAAGCCCUGACGAACAGAAGAGAAUUGAAUGCUUUUGUCACUGAAAACUUCAUUCAAUGUCUCAAUAAUCUGGAUGAAAAUGACACAAGAAACUUUAUUGAUUCUUAUCUUAUACAACAGCGACAGGAAAGGAAGAUCCAGAACAAUGGGUAUUUCAACCAUAAAAAUCUAGAAGAAUCCGUGACAAAUCUAUUCAUUGCUGGUGUGGAAACAAUUUCAACCACUCUAUUUUGGGGCCUUACGCUAAUGAUGAAGUACCCUUUAAUUCAGAAAAAGGUCCAAGAAGAAAUAAUAAAUGUUGUUGGAUAUGCUCAGCCAAGAGCCGAACACCGAACAAAAAUGCCAUACACAGAUGCUGUAGUCCAUGAAGUUCAACGAUAUGCCGAUGUCAUUCCCUUAAACUUGCCACAUGCAACUACAGUGGAUGUUAACUUUAAGGGCUACUUCAUUCCAAAGGGCAUCCAAGUCAUUCCAUUGCUAACUUCUGUGCUCCAUGAUGAAUCUCAGUGGGAGAGACCUCACGAAUUCUACCCUGAACAUUUUCUUAACACUGAAGAAAAAUUUGUAAAAAGAGAUGCAUUCAUGCCUUUCUCUGCAGGUCGGAGAGUAUGUCCAGGUGAGACCCUUGCCAAAACAGAGAUAUUCAUGUUCUUUACUAGUCUUCUGCAGAGAUUCACCUUCCAGCCAGCUCCUGGACUAUCAAAAGAAGACCUGGACAUGACCCGUGCAGUUGGGUUUACAACACCUCCCAAGACUUACAUGUUAUGUGCUGUACCAUGUUUCUAA